CGAUAAGUCAUAACUAUUGAUUAACUUAGAAAAUAAAUAGUUAUUAUCAAGCUUGGAUCGUAUCAAGCAUGGUCACUUUCCCCUACAGGAUUUCUCUCAGUAUCUCAUUUUCCUUUAAACUUUUAGGGAAGGGGAGGUCAAAUAUGGGUGGUCAGAAAAAUAGUAUUUUUGCUUUUUAGAAAAAAAGAAACAUGACUUCAAAUGGCUCUAUGGAUUUUUUUUGGUUCACCAGUGACCCAAUCGUCCUUAAAGGGUUAUCGUCCUUAAAAGAGUUCUUAUAUUGAUUUACGUAUUUUAGCUCUAGGUUAGCUAUUAACGCUAAGACGGCGGCAGACGUUAAAAAACAUUAAUCAGUUUUAUGUAAAUUUCCUUCAUGCUGCGGUUUAUGAUCAUUGCUGAUUUAAUAUGCAUUUAUUUUUCAUACGAUAAAUGUGUUUUGUAUAUUUCUAUUAAGAAUUUCCUGAUUGAAAAGGGCAUUAUAAAAAAAAUAUCUGAAAUAAUUAUAAAAAAAGGAUUUUUUGUACAAUAUACAAUUAAACGUGGAUUUUGCUCAUAUUUUCCCACUUAAAUUUUGUCUUACUGUACAUUGCAUUUUCAAUAUUUCAAUUUUGAGGUUAAAAGAGUCGUUUUUCGACUAUAACAUCUAUAGUGGCGGUUCCAUUAAGCUGUGAUGUUAAUUGGUAGAAUUUCGCAAGGCCUUUCAUUUGCACUACUAGUGGUAUAUUUAUAACAAUUAGAUCGUUUGUUACAUACAUUUAUAGGCAAAAAACUGAAAAACACUCUUAAGUUAAGAGUUUUCAAUAUCUUUGUAAAAAAUAUUGAGAGUUUGGCUGUAAAAUAUUGAAAUUUUUCUAAAAAGUUGUAGAGCACUAGGGUAAAGUGAUAUAAUUUGGAAUUAGUGUUACAAGUUGGACAAUUCGCCGGUACAAGUUGGACAUGGCUUUUUUUCUUGAUAAAUACAAUACAAAGUUUGUUUCUAAGCACAAGGAUCCAAAUUAUAAAACUAAAGCAUUAAAAAUAUACAGAUAAAAAUUAAGUACUAAAUUUAUCAAGAAAAAAGCCCUAUCCAACUUGUACCAUUGUCCAACUUGUACCACUGUCCAACUUGUACUACUUCACUGUAAGAGAGUCGCUUUUCAAAUACAGCGCCUCUGGUGGCAGUUCUAUUAGGCAGUGACGUUCUAAAAAGUCACAGUAUUUCACAAGACCUUUCUUUUGCGCUACUAGUUGUCUAAUUCUAUGAAUUAAAUAGUUUGUUUUAAGCAUUUAUGAGCCAAAAAAGUGAGAAAGAAACUCUUAAGUUAAGAGUUUUUGAUACUUAAAUUGAAAGAUUAAGAGUUUAGCUGCAAAAUAUUGAAAUUUUAUCCAUUUCUUUCAUCUCUAACUACAAUUUUAUUGAAUAUUGCUGUGUUUGGUAACGAAUAGUAUAAAAAGCAGUGCAUGAUCUAUUAGGUAUUCUCAUAUGUAUUUCACUUUACAAUAUCACUUGUUUUUUUUUUGUCGUUCUUCAUGUAUUGGUGGAAGUCUGCAAUGGAGUUUCACUAUUGCUCGGUGGAGCAAAUGGUGAUCGCCACAGUCACUUCUUGGCAUUUCACGGUUAAAGAAUCGCUUUCAAUUUUUUAGUUAUAAACUACCUUAGUGUUUGUGGGCAUUGCUGCCACUGUUGCCACUCGCAAUUUCUAUUGAGGAACAAUUUAUAGUGAUCAUUCUGGGGAGACUUAUCUUUUGCAUAAUGAUUUUUUGCCUUUGCUGUGUUCAACAGAAAAUUCAAUAAGAAGUGUCUGUUGUUUUUUUGCAAAAACCAGGCAAUACCAUCAUUAUCCAAAAUUUGGCUUCUUUCCUGAGAGAUAUACGCGCAAAUUGGCCUUCUCCCUGCUGAGUCCAUUGCCAGAAUUUCUGUGUUGAGUUUCUUUGCGCAAAUGGAAAAGCAAUUGCGGAUUUCUCCAAGGAAAUAAAUCACUAUAGUUUAGUACUUAAAGGGGUGACCCUGCUAGAAGUUAUCCAAGUUUAAGACAAUUUCUCAAUGAUCGAUUGACAGCCAACAGCGCGAGCAAAGUUUCUCUAAACUUUUAUAACAAUCUGAAAAUACUAAAAAAAAAAAUCUAAGUGAAAUUCAGAAGAAUAACACUGUGACAAUGAUGCUGCUCUCUGCAAUGAAAUUUGGCACCGGAAAUUCUCCCGCCCAAAAUUCCACACGGAGCUCAAGUCCAAACUCUAAUUCCAACGGGCAAUUUAAUCAUCAGCAGCAAACAGUGAACGGAUCAGGGAGUUUGGGUAGUUUGACGCCCACUUCAUCGUCUCAGCAACAGCAAUCCUCCGUGUCGACUUUUAAGAGCGGAGGAGCAGCCUCUGCAAACGGGACACCAUCACUGGGCGGAGUGGUGCCUGGUGCAGUGAUUGGAGCCAGUAGUGUGGUGAUUGAGUCCACGAUGCCAGGCGGAACUGCCACUCCAGGGACGCCAAAUUCAAAGGCAAAGGAUACAUCGUCGAGAGUUAAGAUUGUCGUGGCACUUUAUCCAUUUAAGGCCAUCGAAGGAGGAGAUUUAUCACUUGAAAAGAAUGCUGAAUACGAAGUCAUUGAUGAUUCCCAGGAGCAUUGGUGGAAGGUGAAGAAUCAACAUGGACAGAUUGGAUAUAUACCCAGUAAUUAUGUUAAGGCAAAGGAGUUGCUAGGCUUGGAGAAAUAUGAUUGGUAUGUGGGUGAUAUGUCUCGACAGAGGGCAGAGUCAUUGUUGAAACAGGGAGACAAAGAAGGUUGUUUCGUGGUGAGAAAGUCUUCCACAAAAGGCCUCUAUACUCUAUCUCUCCAUACCAAAGUACCACAAUCCCAUGUGAAACAUUACCAUAUAAAGCAAAAUGCUCGGAUGGAGUACUAUCUGUCGGAGAAGCAUUGCUGUGAAUCAAUUCCCGACCUAAUCAACUACCAUCGUCACAAUUCCGGUGGCUUGGCGUGUCGCCUCAAGUGUUCGCCCUGUGACAGACCAAUUCCCACCACGGCUGGCCUCUCGCACGACAAAUGGGAGAUCCAUCCGUCGGAGCUGAUGCUGCUGGAGGAGCUGGGUUCUGGGCAAUUUGGGGUCGUGCGCCGCGGUAAGUGGCGUGGAUCAAUUGACACGGCCGUGAAAAUGAUGAAAGUGGGAACAAUGUCCGAAGAUGAUUUCAUUGAGGAAGCUAAAGUGAUGACGAAACUGCAAAAUCAAAAUCUCGUGCAAUUGUAUGGUGUCUGCUCAAAGCAUCGUCCCAUUUACAUUGUGACUGAGUACAUGAAGCAUGGAUCGCUGCUGAAUUACUUGAGGCGACAUGAACAGUCGCUGAUUGGGAACAUGGGACUCUUGCUGGACAUGUGUAUUCAGGUCUGCAAAGGUAUGGCAUAUCUGGAGCGACACAACUACAUCCAUCGCGAUUUGGCGGCGCGCAAUUGUCUGGUCGGGAGUGAAAAUGUUGUGAAGGUGGCAGACUUUGGCUUAGCCCGAUAUGUUCUCGAUGAUCAGUACACGAGUUCGGGCGGCACAAAGUUUCCCAUCAAAUGGGCCCCACCUGAAGUCCUCAACUACACGCGUUUCUCCUCAAAGAGUGACGUCUGGGCUUAUGGUGUUCUGAUGUGGGAAGUGUUCACUUGUGGCAAGAUGCCGUACGGUCGUCUCAAAAACACCGAAGUUGUCGAACGUGUUCAGCGUGGCAUAAUCCUUGAGCGACCGAAGGCAUGUGCUAAGGAGAUUUAUGAUAUAAUGAAAAAGUGCUGGGCACAUAGUCCGGAAGAUAGGCCAUCAUUUAGAGUGCUGAAGGAGCAACUAGUGCUUGUGGCACAAGGACUCACAGACUAAAUAAUUUGCGAUAUUUUUCCACCUUUGAUUUUCCUUUAAAGAAAAAAAAAAUAAAGAAAAAAGGAAUUUUAAGGUGGAAGAACAAGAAUUUUAAGAAAAAAAACAUUGAUAUAAUGAAACCUAGUAUGAAAACUCUAAUCGACUUUAUUGCAUUUUAUUAAUACAAUUUAAUAAUGAAUGAAAUGAGAUAGAGAAGAAAUGACACAUUACUGAUCUCCAUAUUAAUUAGUAAAAAAAAAAGAAGAAAAUUAAAAGAAAAAGAGGAAAUAAAAAAAUUAAUAUAAUGAAAAUACAUUCUUCAAAACUUCUAACUCAAAUGAUAUAUUCCAAGAUUUUUACAUGGAUAGAUCUUUGAUAUUUAUUUCCUACGUUGGGUGUCUGCGGAAAUAAUUUAAUGUGUUUUGAUGUGAAGCAUUUUAUGGGAGGUUAUCAGUCUUUUUUCCAUUUAAACUAGUUCAAAGAAAAUUGGAUUUUAUUGCAAUUCAGGUUAUUUUAUCAAAUUAAAACUGAAUGACAGAUUUUUAAUUGAAAAACCAUGAGAAUUUUAGCUCAAUGCUUCCUAAGAGGGACCAUUAACUUCAUUCCGAAAUCAUUUUAAUGUCCAUUGAUUUCUGUUCUGAUCCAUUGAAUUGCAACGCUGAUGGAGCUAUUACAUUGCAAAAUAUUUAAUAAUAAUAAUAAUAAAAGAAAUUCGGCAUUGAACGUUUCAUUUUGCUUGUUUAUCAUGUCACUUGCACUACAAAAAGAUCUUGAAACUUGACUGAAAUUUUCCUAAUGUUUUCUGAUUUUUAGUACAGACAUCAGGCUUGGUUUUCCUGUUCCUAAAAGAAUUUUAACAUUCCACAAGAACAGUCAGACCAUAUUCCAAAUUGAUUACACUUGUUCAUAUAAUUGGAAUAUCUGUAUUGAAGAGAUAUUUUAGUACAUGUGUGUUCUAAAAUAUUUUUUUCAAAAUUUAUACAGGUUGGAGAUAUUCCAUCGCAAAAAUAUUACUUAGAAAGUAACUAGGGUGAAAAGAACGUCUAUUGACACUUUAAGAACUCGUGUCAGCACCUAUUGACACCCUACUCUAUACCAUUUUUAAAUAUGAAAAUUGAACAUCUCUGUUUAUAGUAAAAAGUAUAUUACAGAAAAAACAUUAUAUUACUUAUAUUUUACUAGAUACAUUAAAAAAAUUUCAAUAUUUUGACAAAAGUGUCAAUAGGGGUUCCCUGUCGAACAGACGUUUCUCCGACCCUAUUUGGAAAAGUUUUAAAUUUUUCAUUGGAAAAAUGUUUCUUAAUCGUGUACUAAACGUUUAAGAAAAUUUAAGAACGUGCGUGUGCUAAAUUCUACUCUGAAAAAAAAAAUUGUCAAGAAAGAUUCGGCAAGAGAAUGUUUUUCCACUCCGAAUAUGGAAAAGUUUUGGUAAAUCAGCGGAAAACUGGAUUUUAUUAAAAAUUGUCAAAUGAAUAUUUUUGAAAAAAAUUUGACAGAAAACAAGAUCCAUUUGUCCGCUUACAAAAAGUUUUUUUUUUAUUUUUUCAAUAAUAUCUGUGAAAUUUUGAAAAUUUAGAAUUUGUACUACAGGAAAAAAACCCUCAGGAACAUUCAUAAUUUUGUAGUCAAUGAAAAAUCUUUUAGUACAUGAGUGUACUAAAAUAUUUAAGACUAUUAAAUUUAGUUUAUUUAAUUCGAAACAGUGAUAUUCAAAUAGGAAAAUAAUCAUUUUAAACUAAAACGAAAUAAUUUAGAGAUGAGUGUGUUUAAAAAUUAGCACAUGUACUAAUCCAAAUUGAAAAAAAUGAGUUGAGAAUUAAAUUUAUCAUCAAGAAGUCUCAAGCUUGAGACUCUAAUCUUUCUUAAGAACUUCUCUACGUUAUUUGCUUCCAAUCUUUGCUCCACAUCCUCUUCAUUUAACUGAAAAUCUCGCGAGAAAAAUUAUUGAAUAAGAAACUACAUUUUCAUAUUAAAAAAAAUAUACACUACCUUCCAAAAAGUCCUUUUUAGGAUUUUGAAGGAGAAAAGGUCAAGUCAUUAACAUUUUUUUGUCAAUUGAAGGUUAAAUUAAUUCACGAAAAUGCUAAUAUGGUUUCUGACGUACUGAUAGAUCAGAAUGCUUUUGAUGCCGAACUCUUCCAUAAUUAUUACUAUUUGAUAUUUUGAAAUAUACUAGCUCAGUGUCAAGGGGUGAUUGAAUGUAUUACUCAUGGUGUACUUAUACGCCGAUUUAUCCGUAUUUGUGGAAGAAUGCACAAAUAUCUGGAGAUAUUUGUUCAUGAACCCGCAAGAUCUGGUAAUCUUUGUACUAAAAACGAGCAAUCUGGCGAUAUUUGUGCAAGAAUCUGCGAGUUGUAGUAAUUUUUGUACUAAAAUCGUGCGAUCUGGCAAUCUUUGUUCUAAAAUCUCGUAAUCUGGCGAUAUAUGACAAGAUGUUUGUGCUAAAUUGCGCAAUUUUGCAAUAUUUGUGCUAAUAUCGAAAGAUCUGGCGAUAUUUGCACUAGAAUCGUGGAAAUUUGCAUUUUUUGUACUAAAAUUGUGCAAUCUCGCAGAGGAUUUGACGAUAUUUGUGCAAGAAUCUGAAAGAUCAUGUGAUUAUUGCACUAAAAUCGAGCAACCAGUUGUCUUGAUAUUACAGACAAAUGAUGUGGCGAUAUUUGUGCAAUAACACGCGCAGGAUUUGGCGAUUUUUGUACUAAAAUUCUGCAAUCUAGCUAUCUUCGGAUCUUUGUGCUAAAAUCAGGGGAUCUGUAGGAAGAAUAUACAAGAUCUAGUUAUUUUUGUACCAAAAUCUUGCUGAGACCUGGCGAUAUUAGACGAGAUAUUUUUGAUGAAUUGCGCAAUUUUGCGAUAUUUGUGCUAAAAUCGAAAGAUCUGGCGAUAUUUGUACUAAAAUAGUGGAAAUUGACGGUUUUCGUACUAGAAUUAUGCAAUAUGGCAGAGGAUCUGACAAUAUUUGUGUAAUAAUCUGAAAGAUCUUGUAAUUAUACUACUAAAAUCGAGCAACCUGCUGUCGUUGUGCUAAAAUCGUAUGAACUUGCUGUAUUUGUUCAAUAACACGGGGAAGAUCUGCUGAUUUUUGCGCUAGAAUUCUGCAGUCUCACUGUCUUUGGAUCUUUGUGCUAAUAUCAAUGGAUCUAGGAAUAAUGUUUGAAUAAUCUGCAAUAUCUAGUAAUUUUUGUACUAAAAUCAUGCGAUUUGGCAAUCUUUGUGCUGAAAUCACGAGAUCUUGCGGUAGUUAAUGAGAUGUUUAUGCUAAGUUGCGUAUUUUUGCAAUAUUUAUCCUAAAAUCGAAGAUCUAGCGAUAGUUGUGCAAGAAUCCACGAGAUCUUGUUAUUUUUGUAGUAAAAUCGGGCAACCUGUCGACGUCGUUGUGCUAAAAUCGCGUGAUCUUCCAGUAUUUGUGCAAUAGCACGCGCAAGAUUUGGCGAUUUUUGUACUAAAAUUCCGCAGUCUCGCUCUCUUCGGAUUUAUGUGCUAAUAUCAGUGGAUCUAGCAAUACUUAUGUAUGAAUAAUUUGCAAUAUCUGGUAAUUUUUGUACUAAAAUCGUGCAAUCUGGCAAUUUUUGUGCUGAAAUCUCGAGAUCUAGCGGUAGUUAAUGAAAUGUUUAUGCUAAUUUGCGCAUUUUUGCAAAAUUUGUGCUAAAAUCGAAGAUCUGGCGAUAUUUGUACAAGAAUCCACGAGAUCUUAUUAUUUUUGUACUAAAAUAGGGAAACCUGCCGUCGUCGUUGUGCUAAAUUCGUGUAAUCUUCAUCUUUUGGUAUUUGUGCAAUAACACGCGCAAGAUCUUGGGUUUUUUUUACUAAAAUGCUGCAAUCUCGCUAUCUUCCGAUCUUUGUACUAAAAUCGGAGGGCCUUGAAAUGCUUAUGAUGAACCUGCGAGAUCUUGCAAUAUUUGUGCUCAAAUUUCGGUAUCUUGCGAUUUUUGUACUAAAACCAUGCGAUCCGUCAAUCUGUACUAUAAUUACGCGAUUUUUGCGCUUAUUGCUCACCAAAAUGCCUUCUUAAUCAUCUCUUGCACAUCAGUUUAAUGUUAUUGUCUUUAAAAUGGAAAAAUCUAUUCAAGUAUUAGCAACUUUUCAAUUUGAUUGUCCAUUUUCAAGAAGAAUCAUAAAAUCAGCAUUGCAAAUCGAUUCCAUUAUUCCAAUUGGCAAGUUUUAUUUGACAAAAAGUACAUUCCUUUCAGUAUUAAAUUAAUACUCAUUUAGUACUAAAACUUAAAAAAACUUGUCGGAUAAUUUCAAACAGAAUCCCUCUUUCCAUUUAGUGUUUUUUUUUGCAAAAGAAUGCAUAAACGAUCUAAUCAGACACCCUUUUUUGUAUUCUACUUACGAAAUAAUUAUUUUUAAUUGUUUUUUUUUAUAUAGUGUUUCCUAUCAAUAAUCGUGGAUACGAGUAAAAUGCUUCAAUACCAUAAAUAAAGGUUUUCAAAGUGUAAUAAAUAAUAUUUGUCGAAGAAACAGAUAAGAAUGAUAUAUAAACGAUAUAUGGGAAGGAAAGUAAAGUCGCUUGAUAGUGUAUUAUGGGAGAGAAAGCGGGGGGUGAAAAAUGUGUUUUUACAAUUUAGUAAGAGAGAGGAAAAUCCUAAUCAAAAUGCCAUUUUUUUGGACAAAAUCACUGAGUAUUUAUGGACAAAAGAAAAUGGGAAAUACGAUGUAUUAUCUCUCAGAAAAAAAAUAUUUAGAUCAUAAGGAAUGAAAGAAAUUCACGAUAAAACAUUGUCUUGCAUUAUUUUGUGCAUUGUAUCGAAUUGUAGAGAAUUUCUUUUCUAUUUUAGCUUUUUAUUAUUUCUCUAUCCUGAAUUUCCUAGAGAAAAAGGGAAUUUUUUCAAUAGUCAUAUUUCUAUGGACUUUAAAAAAAAAUAAUUAGAAAACUCUAAAAAAGAUAUUCAAAGUAAAUAAAUGAAUAAUAAAAAAAAAACAAACGGCAAAAAAAUCUACGGACUUAAUCUACUAGAAAGCAGGAACAGAAUAAUUCUUAUUCUCGCAAUUUUUGUCGAUGCUACAUAAAAAAAUGACCAUUUAAUAAAACUUUUUAAUAAAUGUUUCGCUAAGAAAAAAAUAAUUCCGCACGAUGUGAAUGGAAUACGCGAAUUGCAUAGACUAAGUAAAAAAAAAACAAGUAAUAAUAAAAUAAAGCAGGAUUUCAGUGAAUAAUAUUCAACUUACAGACUUUUAAAAAAAUAAUUAAGAAAUGACAAAAAAAAACGGUGAGAAAAUGAAACCAUCAAACAUGAGUGUGAUUUUCGAAAUAUUUUAUCAAUAGACAAUUUUACUUAUAGAAAGGAAAAAAUUUAUACAUUUUACACUAAACUUGGAUAGUUAAGGUGAAAUAAUGUUUCUUAAUUUGAUAAAAUUUUUAUUUCAUGGAAUAAAGAAAAA